AUUCACAAUGAAAUCAAAACGUGCAACCGGCUAUAGAUAUGCCGCCGAAAUCGAGUUCCAAGAAGACCCAGGCCAGCUGGUAUCACUGCGAGACCUGUGGCGUGCACAUUCCCUCCAAGGCGAGGGACAACCACGAUGAACACUGCUCCACAAUCGGUCAGGAUGAUGCUGCCCCGGAUUCCGAUGCGGAGUACGUGCGGAGUGGAGCAAUCUUUACGAGAACUCUGCAGCAGCGAAACUUUGAGGUGGAAUCUCUAAAGGAUCUCUCUGCCAAGUAUGCCAACGUGCUGCUGUUUGUCUCCGAGGGAGCAAUGCAGUUGGCCAAACUGCACAUUGGCCAGCAUGUGGUGAUAGAGGCGCCUACAACAGAGCAACAGCCGCUGGUGAGGAUUUUGUGGCCCAUAUCAGAGCAAUUCCUCACUACGGUGUUUGUGAGCGAGGGAGAUUUAAAGCUCCAUUGGACGCAGCUGCGUGGCAAGCUCUUGAAGAUCACUGCUCUGGACACUAGCUGUCUCACAGCUGCUGCCAGCAUAUCCCUAAGGCAAUUAAACAGCAAAGAGACUCCACUGGCGGCAGGACAACUCCAAGAAGCCAUUGCCCUUCUCAAAAGAGACAUUGUCAAUAGGAUCUUUUGCAAGGGCAGUGAAAUCCACAUGAAUUUCUUCAACAAGUCGCUGCUUUUUCGCCUGGAGCGAUGGCAGGGCACCGUAGAAGAAGCUCUAGCUGGUCUUAGUCUGGACUCCAAGCCCUUGCAGUUUGUCCAGGUGACCAACGUCACCAAACUCCAGCUGAUAGCGGAGAGUGCAGAGCAACAGCUAAAGGAGCAGAAGAAAAUCCAUCGCAUUACCAAAACCCAAAUAGGAGGGCUAGACAGGCAAUUAAACCUGGUGGAGGAGAGCAUGGAGUACGCCUUGGGCUUUAGGGCGUUACCUACAGGCCUCAGGGUAUCGCGUGGCAUGCUUCUGUAUGGAGCCACCGGCUGUGGCAAGUCCUUGAUCCUGGAGGCCAUGUCUGCGGUGGCCGAGGAGCGCAGCCAGGGAAAUGCCCAACUCAUACGCAUCAAUAGUGGCGAAGUCUACAGCAAGUUCUUGGGAGAAACCGAACAAAAGCUGGCGGCCAUCUUCGAGCGUGCCUACAAUCACUAUCCGCACCCAACUCUAUUGCUGAUCGAGGAUGUCCACAACCUGUGCCCCAAACAGGAAAGCAGUGACCUUGUCAAACGCGUCUCGCUGGCCUUCCUCUCUCUACUGGAUCAGCUCAGCAGUCCCAGUCAGCUGAAGGGAAGCAAAACCUUCCUGCUGGCUACCAGCUCGCAGAUUGAGUCCCUGCAUCCGAGCAUACGAAGAGCUGGUCGAUUGGACAGUGAGCUGGAGUUGGGUGCUCCAACUCCCCAGGCAAGGAGAGAGAUUAUCCAGUGUCUUACGCAGUCUUUGGAGCACCAGUUGAACGAAGAGGCUGUGGAGCAUAUAGCUGCAGUUACCCAUGGCUAUGUGGGUGCAGAUCUGGCGAAUCUGGUCUAUGCUGCCAUGCUGCAGGCUCAGCCCCAUCCGCUCCAGCUCGAGCAUCUGCAGGCUGCCCUGACCCGCAUCAAACCCUCGGCGAUGCGUGAAGUUCUUAUCGAGUGCCCCAACGUCCAGUGGGCGGAUAUUGGCGGUCAAUCGGAACUCCGUUUGGCCAUGCAGCAGGCCAUCGAAUGGCCGCUGCUCCAUGCUGAGAAAUUCCAACGUUUGGGCAUAAAGCCGCCCAGGGGUAUCCUCAUGUUCGGACCGCCGGGCUGCUCCAAAACGAUGAUUGCCAAAGCUCUAGCCACCGAGAGUAAGCUUAACUUUCUCUCAAUCAAGGGACCGGAGCUCUUCUCCAUGUGGGUCGGCGAAUCGGAGCGGGCGGUGCGUGAGGUCUUCCGCAAGGCUCGCCAAGUGGCGCCCGCCAUAGUCUUUUUUGAUGAGAUCGAUGCCAUUGGCGGCGAGCGGUCCGAAGGCGACAGUUCCGGCUCCGGUUCGGGUUCCUCCGUAAAAGAACGCGUUCUCACACAACUGCUAACCGAGCUGGAUGGCGUGGAGGCCCUUCAGAAUGUCACCAUUGUUGCAGCCACCAAUCGCCCUGAUAUGAUUGACAAGGCGCUACUCCGUCCGGGAAGAAUUGAUCGUAUCCUGUACGUGGGCUUACCCAAGACGGAAGCGCGUCGGGAAAUCUUGAAAAUUAAACUGCGUGCCAUGCCGGUAUCGGCGGAUGUGGACAUAGAGAAGUUGGUGCAAUUGACCGAGGGCUAUUCCGGCGCGGAAAUCCAAGCCGUGUGUCACGAGGCUGCGUUGCGUGCUUUGGAGCAAAGCUUUGAGGCGGAACAGGUGCAGUGGCUGGACUUUGAGCAUGCCUUGAAGGCGGUGCCACCAAGGACCAGUCCGGAAUUGUUGAAACUCUAUGAGGAUUAUCUCAAAAGGAAGUAGGACCUUCAAGGUUUUAAACUUAAGAUAAACAAAAAAAGAAUUGUAAAUAAAAACCAAUUAAAAAAUA